UGAUAGAUCCCCCGUUGUCUUCUAGCUGCCACCGUCAUCCACGUGCCUUUCAUGGCCGACGUCUUUCGGAGGCUGCCGCUGCUGGUGCUGGUCGUCUUAUUGCUCCUCCUCCUGGUUGUCUUCCACGUGUGCAUCCUCGGCAGCGUUCUGCGACGUGGCCGCAGAAGGAGGUCUUUGAAGAACGACGCCAGGAUGGAGGGCCGGCAGGCGAUCAGCGGGUCGACAGGGGAGCACGGUGGGCGGCAGUCUGGGCACAGCCCAUCGAAUAGUUCAAGCCCGUCGGAGCGGUCUGGGUACGCGCACCUGCCACCGCACUUGCAACCUCUGCCAGACACGCCUGAUGAGGAGGCGGAUGAUAGACGGUCACGGACCGUGCCGCUGGGAAGCGGAUCCACCCCGGAGUGGGCGGCUACAGAGCUGUUUGGAAUCCGCGAGGGCGGUAAUGGGCAGUCCUACACCGAACUCCUCCAGCAGGGGCUCAGCGACCACGAUGGCGAUGGCGGCGUGAAUCUGUCGUUUGGACUUGGUAGCGGGAGGUCGGCGGCCGUCUCUCGAACGGUCGUCGUAAACCCCCAUCCCAACGACGAUGGCGGCGACGUGACGGCUGUUUUGCGAACAUCGAGGUCUCCAGCACCGCUGCGGGAGGCUUCGGGGAACAACACAGAUCCUCCGAGGCAGCAAUUUCGGUCGCCGUCUGUGUGUAGGGGCUGCCGUCUUGGCGAGUGUGGGGAGACGGCGCGUGGCAUCGCUGAUGUUGGUGACGCACGUGACGGGAGGGAGGUGUGGGCAGAACAGCGACGGUUGUUGCGGUCGGGGCGGGAGGAGUCCAUAACUCAGGGGGUGCAGCAAUUGCGUGUUGGGGAAGACGGACACGACGGCGAGGAAGCAGUGGCGGACGCGCGCGCCCCCGACUGGAACGACAACGGUGUUGAAGGUGGGGAGGACGACGCAGGCUAUGUUUCGCCGUCGAAGCAGGCGGCCGCUAUGGGAGGGAGGGGCGGGAAGACGAAGUCGUGUGCCGGCAAUGGUUGUCGGGGCAAAAGGGCGGCGGGCAAGGCUAGCGAUGCCGAAGGUGACGUCGAUGGGGAAGGAGGUCGUCACUUCUGGUCCGUCGACGACAUUAUAGCCCUCAUCCGGGCUAAACGUGAUCAGGAUGUGCAUCUGCAGGGGAUGGGUCACGCGUACGCUCGAAUGAAGCCGCGAGAAUGCAAGUGGUUGGAUGUGGCGACGAGGUUUAAGAAGGUGGGCGUCGACAGAAAGGCAGAUCGGUGCGGGAAGAAGUGGGACAAUCUGAUGCAGCAGUUCAAGAAGGUGCAUCACUUCCAAGGACUGUCCGGGAAACAGGACUUCUUCCAAUUGUCUGGGAAGGACAGGACGUCAAAGGGCUUCAGUUUCAAUAUGGAUCGUGCGGUUUACGACGAGAUACUGGGGUCGACCGCCAAGAACCACACCAUAAACCCGAAGAACGUCGCCGACACUGGUGCUCAGGGUGGUGUACGUCUGUCGUCCGCCUCUUCUGCGGAUCCUGAAUCUUAGGGCGACGGGGACGGUGGUGCAGAGCACGACGACGACGAUGACGGGUCCAGGAAAGGUUCUUCGCAGACGACGGGUGGCGCAAUUUCGACA